GGUACUAUCUCUUCCUCUGCACGCGGUUAAGGAGACCGGUCGGCCUUUGGCAGCUGGCGCCGAAUUAUGCCGGGAAAACUCCGCAGCGACGCCGAAUUGGAAUCAGACACGGCUGUGGAAAAGAUGGAGCCACUGCGGAAGCAAAAUGAGAAGAAAAUUAGAAAAGAAAAGCCAAAACUCAAGAAGACUGAAGAGUCAUCAGAAAUUCAGGAAGAAGCUGUAUCCCCUAAAACUAAAAAAAAGAAAACUAGGUCUUCUGAAGUUGAUAUGAGUUCUCCUAAAUCCAAAAAGGCAAAAAAGCAAGAGGAGUCAUCUCAGGAUGAUAGUAUUUCUUCUAAAACUCAGAAUGCUAAAAAGAAAAAGGAACUCAUUGACAAGAAAGUUGUCUCCCCUAAAACUAAGAAAGUGCAAAAAAGUGAGGUGGCUUCUGAAGCUCCUAAGCCCAAGAAAAUGAAGAAAGAAAAAGAAGUGAAUGGAGAAAUUGGAGAGAAAAGUCCCAAAUUGAAGAAUGGACUCUCUCAUUCUGAACCUGACUCUCACUCCAGUGAAGCUGCCAGUGAAGAAAACAGUGAGACAGAGCAGGAAAUACCCGUGGAACAAAAAGAAGGAGCUUUCUCUAAUUUUCCCAUAUCUGAAGAGACUAUCAAGCAUCUCAAAGCCCGUGGGGUGACCUUCCUAUUUCCUAUACAAGCAAAGACAUUUCACCAUGUCUAUAGUGGAAAAGACUUAAUUGCACAGGCACGGACAGGAACUGGGAAGACAUUCUCCUUUGCCAUCCCUUUGAUUGAGAAACUACAGGGUGGUCUGCAAGACAGGAAGAGAGGCCGAGCUCCUCAGGUACUUGUUCUUGCACCUACAAGAGAGCUGGCAAGUCAAGUCAGCAGAGACUUCAGUGACAUCACAAAAAAGCUAUCUGUGGCUUGCUUUUAUGGUGGAACUCCCUAUGGAGGUCAAAUUGAGCGGAUGCGGAAUGGGAUUGAUAUCCUGGUUGGGACCCCAGGUCGAAUCAAAGACCACCUACAGAACGGCAAACUCGAUCUCACCAAGCUUAAGCAUGUUGUGCUGGAUGAAGUUGACCAGAUGUUGGAUAUGGGUUUUGCAGAUCAAGUAGAAGAGAUCUUAUGUGUGGCCUACAAAAAAGAUUCUGAAGACAAUCCCCAAACAUUGCUUUUUUCUGCAACUUGCCCUCAUUGGGUAUUUAAUGUUGCUAAGAAAUACAUGAAAUCUACAUAUGAACAGGUGGACCUGAUUGGUAAAAAGACUCAGAAAACAGCAGUAACUGUGGAGCAUUUAGCUAUCAAGUGUCACUGGACUGAGAGGGCAGCAGUUAUUGGGGAUGUGAUCCGAGUGUACAGUGGUCAUCAGGGGCGCACGAUCAUCUUCUGUGAAACCAAGAAAGAAGCCCAAGAACUAUCACAGAGUUCAGCAAUGAAGCAGGAAGCGCAGUCAUUACAUGGAGACAUUCCACAGAAGCAAAGGGAAAUCACCUUGAAAGGUUUUAGAAAUGGUGAUUUUGGAGUUUUGGUGGCAACCAAUGUCGCUGCACGUGGUUUAGACAUUCCUGAAGUUGAUUUGGUUGUACAGAGUUCUCCACCAAAGGAUGUGGAAUCCUACAUUCAUCGUUCUGGGCGCACAGGUCGAGCUGGAAGGACAGGGGUGUGCAUCUGCUUCUAUCAGCACAAGGAAGAAUACCAGUUAGUACAAGUGGAACAAAAAGCGGGAAUUAAAUUUAAACGAAUAGGUGUUCCUUCUGCAACAGAAAUAAUAAAAGCUUCCAGCAAAGAUGCCAUCAGGCUUUUAGAUACUGUGCCUCCUACUGCCAUUAGCCACUUCAAGCAGUCAGCUGAGAAGCUCAUAGAGGAGAAGGGAGCCGUGGAGGCCCUGGCCGCAGCCCUGGCCCAUAUUUCAGGUGCCACAUCAGUGGAUCAGCGCUCCUUAAUCAACUCACAGGCAGGUUUUGUGACCAUGAUCCUGCAGUGCUCAAUUGAAAUGCCAAACAUUAGUUAUGCUUGGAAAGAACUUAAGGAGCAGCUAGGCGAGAGCAUCGAUUCCAAAAUAAAGGGAAUGGUCUUCCUCAAGGGAAAGCUGGGUGUUUGUUUUGAUGUACGUACUGCAGCUGUCACAGAAAUACAGGAGAAAUGGCAUGACUCACGACGUUGGCAGCUCUCUGUGGCCACAGAGCAACCAGAGCUGGAAGGGCCACCAGAAGGAUUCCGAGGCGGCAGGGGACAGCGAGAUGGCAGCCGAGGUGGCAGGGGACAGCGAGAUGGCAGCCGAGGUUUCAGGGGACAGCGGAACGGAACCAGAAACUUCAGGGGACAGCGGGGCGGAAAUAGAAGUUUCAGGGGACAGCAGUCAGGUGGCAACCAAAGUAAUAGAGGGCAGAAGCGGAGUUUCAGUAAAGCAUUUGGUCAGUGAGAAGUAGAAGACAUACAACUGUUGGGCCACAUGAAUGCUAUUUCUCACACAGUCCAAAGAAGUGUUCUGCCUUUGGUCUUCAUCCCUUGCAGAGACAGGCUCCAUCCAAACCGUCUUACCUGGUUGUUAUCAUUUACAUCUUUAUUACUACCACUUUUCUCAACUUGUCAUCUUGUAUUGCAUUUACAUUCUAAGGUGUUGUCUGUAUGUUACAAGAUUGAGUCAAUCAUGUUUCUUCCUGUAUUUAGGUUAAUCUAUCUUUUUUUUUUCAUAGUGCUGGGGAUUGAACCCAGAAUCUUACAUAUACUAAGUAUGUGCCCUCUCACAAAGUUUUAUUCCCUGUCCCCCAAAGAAUAAUGUUCUUUAAAUAUUCCUUGGCCUUUUGCCAAGCAACUACUCCUUGUGUCCUAUACUGUAUCUCCUGAGAAUUAAUGGUGAGCAGUGUUUUGAAAUGAGGUUUCAGACUUAGGUGAGUUGUAUUAUAGUUUAUGCCUGUCUCUUUUAAAUUUGGGGAAAUGAAAUAUACUCUAUGGAUUACCCAUAGUUGUGCUCAUUUUGAUAUACUUAGCUUCUCUUUACAAGGUGAUUCAGGCUUCAUCUAAUUUUUCACAAUAGUGUAUAUAGAAGUACCUUUGAACAUAAAGCCAGUGUUUUUAAGCUUAAAUUCAAAUGUAUGUGGUGGCUCCAUAGUUUCUUUGUAAAUUAAGAGUCUGGGUAAAUGCUGUUUCAAAAGGUUAACAUCAUCUACUGUAAGGAAUUAAGAGACCAAGGGGCUUAGUUAUAUACUGCUGAAAACAUUCUUUUCAUGAAAGGAGAUAAUCACAACUGAAGCACAAAGAAAGGAAUGAGUGUAAAAAUUACGUACAUGCCAAAGUGUUCUUUUAAUGGAUCAUGAGUGUUCAAGAGGUUAAUUUACAGUAUGCAGUCUGGGACUUUUAGGUAGUAAUAGUCUGAUUUUUGUUUCUCAUUAUCCUAGAUCUUAAGCUACAACAUAGGAUCUACUCUGUUAAAAGUAUUUCUCCAUUCAGAAGUGUUCACUGCUUAGACACUCCUUUUUAAGACAGCUCUUUGGUUAUUUUAUGUUGUUGCUUCGCAGGAACUGAAGAAAUGAAUCUAGUGCUAGACAAAUGACUUGGACAUAAUUUCUUUGGAAAACAUUCUCCAUAGCAUAGAAGCUUAAAGGGUGUUACUGUCUUCUUACCUUAGUUUCUGGAAGUUCUCUACUGGGGGGGUCUUAGAAUAAGCUAUGCAGGAAAAUUUAAAUGACAGUCUGUCAUUCUUAACUAGUUUGAACAACUAAACUCUUUACAGGCUCUUGUUUCUAUAUCUGGUUUCACUACUUGGUCCCCUUGCAGUAAGGGACUUUGACAGCCACUUUAUCCUGAUUUCUGAGGCAGGUUCCUACCCUGUUUUCAGAAUUCUCUUGGCAUUUUUUAUUGUUGUGAUGUAUAGAGAGAUUAUAGUUACAUAAGUCAGGUAAUAAGUGCAUUUCUUUUUGGACAGUUUUGGGCCUUCCCUUGCUCUCUCCUCACACUUAUUUUCUGAUUCCUUUGUUAGUUUUCACUUUAUUCCUGUGUUUUGUGGCUUCUUAUCAAGCUACAGGGAGUUAGGGAAGGUGUUUGAUGGUAGGCCACAUGUGCCUUGUGGGUUAUAAUUUAUUAGAUUCUGGUUUUGUCCCAAAUACUGGUCAUGUUAUAAUAGUAUCUAAAUAUCCAGUCUGGAUAAGAAUGGAUUAUGUGUCAAGCAAAUUAAAAGGUUGCUCCUUGUGAAGGAACAGCUAAAAUAAACAUGUAGAUUAUGGAACAGCACAAAGUAAAAUGACCAGGCAUAAAAAAGAGGGAAGAUUAAUAGGAAUUUUAAGUAUACAACUUAAGAAAAGUAUUCUUCCCUCUGUCACUCACCCCAUCCCACCUCCUUGAUUUGUUUUUUUAUUAGUACAAAUGAUUGAACUCAAGGCCUCAAGCAAAACUCAGCUUUUUCACUCAAGGCUGUUGUUCUACCACCUGAACCAUGCCUCCAUUCCACCUUUUUUCUGGUUAAUUGGAGGUGGAUCCCCUUGGAUUUCUUAAUAGGCUGGCUUUAAACCAUAGUCCUUGGAUUUCAGCCUCCUGAGUACCUAGGAUUACAGGCAUGAGCUACUGACCAGCACAGCUUUUUCAGUAAUUGAAGUUAAUGUUUUUUGUAGAUCCUAGAGUUCAAACCAUAUUUAUAAAUGCAUAAUUCAUUUACUAUUGGUUUAAAUGGGGAAAUGUUACCAUUUUGCUACAGAGAAAAUAUUUUCCAAUUUAUGUAUCAAUGUACUUUUUAAAUUAAACCCAUUUUUUAUGUUAGCAAUUUGUGUAAUGGUUUCUCUGCAGUUGUACAUAAAAUGUUUUUACAGUAAACUGAGUUAAUGUAUAAAAUACUGCUUUGAUGCCAAAAUAAAAAUAUUAAUAUUU